AUGGCCGCUAGAACUUGGAAGCCUCGCUACUUCGAUAUCGGAGUCAACUUCUCUGACUCCAUGUUUCAUGGUUGCUAUAACGGCUCACUUAAUGCUAAGCACCCGCCUGAUGUGGAAAAGGUAAUCGACCGUGCGAGGAGAUUCAAUGUCAAUAAGAUGCUUAUCACGGCCUCGUCAAUUAGCGAGAGCAAAGAUCACUUACCGCUUGUACAGAAACACAAAGGUGAUUUUGGGUCUACAGUGGGCGUACAUCCAUGUACGGUGGCCCAAGAGUUUUACGGUUCAGUGGAAAGCGCUGAGCUCCUAUCAGAUACUGAAGACAAGCUUAGACAGCUUGCGGAAAUUGCUAAGGAAGGUGUGGAAAAGGGACUUAUAAAGGCUUUUGGAGAGAUUGGUUUGGACUAUGACCGCCUUCAUUAUUCCACGGUGGAGCAGCAGAAGACAAUGUUUACAAGACAGCUUGAAGUGGUCGCUUCCCUCAAACAUCUCGAGCUUCCUUUGUUUCUACAUAUGAGGAGCGCUUGUGAUGACUUUGUUGACAUCAUCAAGCCUUUUAUAGAGAGAAAAGAUGUUGGCCCUGGCGUCGUCCACUCUUUUACUGGUACUGAAGAGGAGCUUAAGAAGUUGCUUGAUCUUGGUUUUUAUAUUGGUGUGAACGGAUGUUCCUUGAAGACUGAAGAGAACCUAGCCGUUGCGAAGAAGAUUCCAGCGAGCAAGCUUCUCAUCGAAACGGAUGCUCCAUGGUGUGAGAUUAGAAAAAGCCAUGCAUCUUACAAAUACUUGAAACCUUACCCUAGCUUAUUUUACCCUGAAGUCCCUAUCAAAAUCCUCGAUGACCUGCUGAAGUCACCAACUCCGUCAGGAAAGAAGCAACCACAGGCAAAACUUGAUGACUUUUUGCCAUUUCCUUCUAUCAAAAAGGAAAACUAUUACAAGCAUACCGAGGCGGCUCAGAAACGUCUCGAAAACAUCGGAGAGGCGCCCUCUACUGAAAUUGGUGAGUUUGCGUACCCUUUGAUGAAAUCCAGAAAUGAACCCGUUUUUGUGGGGCAUGUUGCUUGCAUUAUGGCCUCCUUGUACGGGCUUGAAACUGAAGAAGACAUAAAGAAGUUCAUCGACCAGGUAUACGAGAGCUCAUGCAAGUUAUUUAAGCUAUAA